AUGCACGGCUCGUUUCUCCUCCUGCUGGGAGUACACCUCUCCCAGGUGGUCUGCCAGCCCUAUGCUGCACCCACGGCGGUGUUGGAUCCUUCAGAAACCACCGGAGGCGCUGAUUUACUUCCAACUCCAACUCCGACUGCCAACGCGGAGCUGAAUAUCUUUGACGCCCGUGAUGGAGUGAUCGUUGCCCGUGCUACAUCAGAAACGUCCGAGUCAACGACAUCAACGACUUCAGAGAGCACUACCACUUCGACAACCACAUCCGACAGCAGCACCACUUCGACAACGACCUCAUCAACCACUUCUUCAACUACUACUUCUACUACUACCACCACAACAUCAUCAACCUCCAGCUCCUCCACUACAGGCACAACCUCUUCCUCGUCCACUAGCAGUUCAACGACCACUACAAGCUCCUCCACCACAACCACCACUGCGGCCACAGCGACAAGUUCAUCAAGUGCUGAAUUGGCUGAGUGGAACCGAAAGGGCAAUAUUGCCGCCAUCGUCUUUUCUUGCUGUCUUAUCUCCUUGUUCUCCGGCGUUAGCAUACUCCACUGCGUGCGGGAUUGGGCCAAGCAGAGGCGGAUUGCCGCCAGAGAAUUGAUGAACGCUUCUUCUGCCCAGGCCGUGGUGCCUAUUGCUAGCUCGAAGCAUGACUCGACUGCAAAUCUCAUUGCCGAUCGCUCAUCGGUUGCGACAUUCAGGGAUUCCCCCUUUGGUGACCCUCGUCCGCAGACAGCACAAAGUUCACACCAUGACUGGAAUGCCAAUACAGAUACCCAUUCACAAAACGGAUUGUCCAAUUCGAGCGAUCUAGGGACAGCAUCUCAUGAGAACCACCAACACCAAUCUCUUGUAUAG